AUGAUAGAUCGAAGGAGUCAGAGUCCUAUGGCUACAAGCUAAAAAAUGGGAACUGCAAGAGCCAUCUUUGAUACAGGUACAGAAUAAGAACCGACAAAGAGAUUAACAAGAUCAAUAAAAAAUACUAGUGCAGAUCCUUAAUAAACAGACUAUAAAUAAUAUUAAAAUUAGACUUUUUUAGGGAUAUAAGGUUCUUAAGAGAUAAAUUGUAAAUUGUAUGUUUAUUUAAAAAGCAUAAAAUUCACGUUAAAUAACUUAAGAAAAUUUUGAGUAUCGGAAACCAGAAACGGACACUCUCAAUUUUAGAACAGUUCAAACUUAUAAACCUUAAGAAGUAAGUGCUUAACCAACUUCUUAAUUUAACUACUAAAGUUUUGAAUACAAAAAACCAGACGCUGGUCGUGCAGGAUCUUACAUUUAGUCAGGUACUUGAACUAUUUAAUUAUAGCGUACAAUACAACAUGUAUUUAAUAUUUUUAUUACUCAAGUUUAAGAACCAAUAGGGAGUUAGCUUAACUUUCAGAAUAAAACUCUGUAUGAACCACCAAAAUAAGAUAAUACAUUUACAAAAUAUGAAUUAAAUUCAUUUGAUAAAUAUAAAACUACUUAUGAAUAGCCUAAAAAUUAUGAAAAGUUUGAACAAUACAAAUUUGAACCUAUGAAGUAUGAUUUCAAUUUACCUGAAUAACCAAAAGAAUAUCAAUCAUCAUAUAAAUCUAUUCCAUAAGCAAAACCAAAUUUAUCAGUUGUGUAAUUCUAUUAAUUUAAUAUAGUCAAACUUAAUAUACUCCUUACAAUCCUGAUAGAAUUACUUUGGAUACAUAAAUAAAUAGAACUACUUUAAAUCCUCCACCUCCAAUCGAAUCAUUAAAUAUUGGACCUAGAAAAACAGAAGAAAUAAUUCGACCUUCAGAAAUUCAAAUAAAAACCUAAAAACCAAUAGAUCCUAUUAUUAAUAAAGGAUAGUAUCCUCCUUCAAUCCAUGCAGAAUCAAUUAAAAAUGAAUAAAUAUAUAGACCAACAACUCCAGUGUAUACAUAAUAAUAAUAAUAUCAAUUAUCAAAUUAAAAAUAACCUGAAUCAUAAUAUAAGUAAGAAACUAUAGAUAUUAUGAAUAAACCAAGUUAUAAAUGUAAAUUAAUAAAUUAUUAAAUUUAGUUGAUUUACCUAAGAAAUUUGUUGAAGAAAUUGUCAUAAUAGAAAAUGAAGCUAAUGAACAUGAAUUUAAUGCAGGUUGUCAGAUAUUUUGA